CAGCUCCGGGCCGCCCUCCCGCCCGCCCGCCCGCCCGCGCCGGGGCGCACUGCACUGCACCAGCGGCUUCGGCUUGGUGGAUGUGUAUGCAUGAGUUCUGCACCGAAUGGGCGCAAAAAGCGCCCCAGCCGCUCCACCCGCUCCUCCAUCUUCCAGAUCAGCAAACCCCCGCUGCAGAGUGGGGAUUGGGGGCGCAGGGGCAGCGGCUCCGAAAGCACCCACAAAACCCAACGAGCCCUGGACGACUGCAAGAUGCUGGUCCAAGAGUUCAACACGCAAGUGGCCCUGUACCGUGAGCUGGUCAUUUCAAUUGGGGACGUCUCGGUCAGUUGCCCGUCACUCCGGGCGGAAAUGCACAAGACAAGAACCAAAGGCUGUGAAAUGGCCCGUCAGGCACACCAAAAGCUGGCUGCCAUCUCAGGCCCAGAAGAUGGUGAAAUCCAUCCAGAAAUCUGUCGACUUUACAUCCAGCUGCAGUGCUGCUUAGAAAUGUAUACAACAGAGAUGCUAAAAUCGAUUUGCCUGCUGGGAUCGCUUCAGUUUCAUCGAAAAGGAAAGGAAGCUGGUGGGGCAGUAAAGGGCUUGGACGGCAAAAUGGAGGAGUGUGCUGAAACCCCUGCCCUGGAGGACUCCUCGCCGUCCCCUGUGGAGACUCAACAGCACUCCUGGCAGGUUUCCACAGACAUUGAGAACACUGAAAGAGACAUGCGAGAAAUGAAAAACCUUUUAAGCAAACUCAGGGAAACUAUGCCUUUACCACUGAAAAAUCAAGAUGACAGCAGCCUUCUGAACCUAACUCCCUACCCACUGGUUAGAAGAAGGAAGAGAAGAUUCUUCGGGCUGUGUUGUCUUGUCUCAAGCUAGGCAGAUCCUCCUGGAAACCCACCAGGAAUACAUGAGAAACAUCACCAAACCCAAGGACCUCCACCCAGCUGAACUACACAGUGAUUGGUUUUUGACUAUGUUUUCUAUGCUUCCUUAUUCCUUUUAUCUGCCUCUCCCUAGCCUUCUCAAUGGUUUUACACUUGAAAGCAGCUGCCAUGAAGGGAGGGAAAGAACAAAUUCCAAAAGCAAGCUGUUUUUAAAAAGAUUUUUAAAGCUGACCAUUGUGCAUGUCUGCUCCAAACCAUGUCAUGACUGAUGCAAGAAAUUAUGAUUUUUAAAUUAUUUGAAGGUUUUUAAAAUGUAUUACACAGAGAAAAAUUAUUUCACAUAUAAUAGUAUAUCUAUCGCUCUUGCUGAUCUCAUGGUAGCAAUCCAUCAUGUAUGAAAGAUGUCUUUCAACAUAGAAAUCUAUUUAAAAACUGCAAAGCUUCAAAACUUCAAUCUAGGAAUAUUGUUAGAAAUAUUAUAAGCAAACAUACACCACCUCGCCCAUUGCUUUCUCUGCUCUCAUCUACAUUUAGUCUUCCAGUCUGUCAGAAUCUAAAAGCUUAAACAUUGAAAUACCCUAAUUUAUAAUGCAACAUGAACCGUAUAUGAAACAAUGCUUACAUUUUGUAAAUACACAGUAAUCCUAGUACAUUCGUACAAUGCAUAUGGACAACGAAUUCCCUUUUGAUCCAAUGAUGUCUUUUUUCAGCUUCUUGGAGAAUGACGUUAUCCAGUUAGGAAAUGACGUAGUAACAUAUACAAUUACCCUCAGAUGUAAAAUUGAAUAUUAUCACCUUCUGUUCAAAACUGAAAUCUGAAGCAUGGUAAUCUUAUAGGGCAUGCUGGAAUUAUCUCAGAUAGUACAAAUAUUUAACAUUUUACAUUAUAAUAAUGAAAUUUUAGUUAAGCUAAGCUUGUCUCAUUUUAGAUGACUAUGCAGAUGUGACUUUUCCAAUGUGCACUUGGUGUCUUGUCUUGCGCUUAGAAUUUUGGAAGCAGGACACAUUAAGCAAUACUAUAUUUGAGAAAGGAGGAAGCCACAUGUUUUGCUUUUUCCGCGCCCAGCUUUGUUGUGGUCCUCUAUUAACCUUGUAACAUGGUACAAAUUUUAUUAUAUUUCUCGCCAUAUUCUUCCUGGACCCAUCCCCUACAUAGAAUUUCCUAUGGGUUGAAAGAUCAAGUCUUUGCACUUCUUUUCUUGUUUUCCCUGAUCUGAAAAUCUUCAAGUCAGACAGAAGGCACCAGAGUCUAGUACAAUAGAAAGAUGAGCUAGAUACUAACAACUGGCUUAUUCAAGACAUGUCUUUAAUGUCAACCCUGCCUAGGAAUGUAUGUGUACAUAAAUAUCUUGAUCUAAAGACCAACUAUAUUAAACCUUUAGCUUUAGUGAAGAUGAAUGGAGUGAAUAAUUAUUGCAUUAGGUUGAAUUAGAUGAAAGUGCUAAUAUUUGACUGUUUUGACCUACAAAACAGUGGUUUCAUAUCGUUCAACCUAAUAAAUGGUGUAGAAAUUAUACAGUAAUUAAAAUUAUCUUCUAGCUUUUUUGCGUUGAACGUGAAAAAAAAUUAAAGCGCUAUAUCUCCAAACAUAAUGGUAGGUUUCUAUUUUAAUCACACCAGCUGCUUACUGGCCUUAUUCUUGUCAUCCAUAGUUCUGUUCCAAUGAUCCAAGAAUUAAUGCGUGGUUACAGGUAUGCCUGGCUUCACAAAGAGAAGUAUAUUUGACAAGUUAUAUAACAAAAUCAUUAUUUUCUAUAUCAAAUACCUGCAACAAAAACUGUGGGAAUAUAGUCUUUAAAUACUCUACAGUGGAUACUACUUGAACAAACAAGUAACCACACUCCCUUAUAUUCACCAGGGCUGCCAACGUUGAUUUUCAAAACCAUGCUUGAUUAAAGCUAAAUAUUGUUUCCUGACUCUGGUUCAUUUUGAUCUGAGGAUUAUUUCAUUUAAGGGUCAAAAUGACAAAGUAACCCAAGUUAGCACAUCCUUUGCUCUUGUUUCUGCCCCCUCUCUCCCAGCCUCGGAUGGCACGGAACCCUUAGGGUCAACCUCAUUGCUCCUAAUCUGGCCACAGUUACUCACUGAUAAGCUCAUCCUUGCUGUUGAGCACCGUCUUUAAAAUGCCUGACCUAAAUCACUUCUGCUCUAAUUUGUGCUCACUCUUGCUUCGUCUCUGUGUGAAAGUAACACUUACCUUCUGUGCAGUUGUCCUCUGUACAGCUGAAGACUGUUAAUAAAUUAAAUUCUCACCUCCAUGUCUGAAAAGGCUGUCGCAGCUAUUCACGGACAUGGGAACUUGUUUCAUUACACAGCCAGACUUUCCAUAUCGAAGGUAAUAUAUUCAGCCACUUUAUCUUUUAUUCAGUGCCUGUUUCCAGACUUCGCUCAGUUUUAUAGUUCCAGGAGACACACUCCAAGAUUUAUAGAUGUUCUUUCAGAAAUAGGUCCUAAAAUUACAUUUUGUCCUCAAAAUCCUGAUGCCAAUGCUACAUUGGUUCUUGGCUACGAUAGGCAAUUCACCACUUCCCAUCGGACUUGUCCGUGCAUCCUUGGGAGCUGCUCUUCUCUCCUCUCACCUUCCCAAUGACCUUCUCAGAUGUGGUUCCUGGAGAUAAAGUUUUGCUGUCUUGGCUUCCUGCUGUCACUGAGUUUGAGAUUAGAGCAAGGAGACACUAUUGUACCCAUUUUCUGACGUGUACUCAUGCACUUGAAACAGAAAAGGAUGAGACCUUCUGGGGUUCACAUUUGCUCAUUUUACAACCAUAUUCUUAAUAUCUCAUGUUGGCUUUUUCCCACAAUAACAGAGGAUAUGUGUUAUUGUUGGAAAAAUCUAGAAUAUACCAACUGAAUAGGUGAAAAAUAAAACUCAUCAGAAUUCUACCACAAUCGCCUCAUCUCUGGGCUUUAAAUCAAUAAGGGGAAGGGCUGAAGCCACAUUAAGAUAUGACAUGUGAAGACAAGGCCAAAAGUCACUUUAAAAAUCUGUCCUGGAAGGGGUGCUGUGGCUCAAGUGGUAGACCACUAGCCUUGAGCUGAAGAGCUCUGGGACAGUGUCCAUGCCCAGAGUUCAAGCCCCACGGCCGGGGAAAGAAAUCUGCCCUCUGAUGUUUUGCAUGUAUCUAGAUUCAAGUCAUGGCAAACUUCCGGUUGUGCCAUUAGUCAGGUGCACAAAGAAAACUACAGGAGUAGCACAGUCCUGAUGUCUUCUCUAAUGAAUGAGAGCUCUUGGGAGACAUUUUAAAACCCUGCCUGACCAGUAGUUUCUUCCAUGUACCUGUAAAAAUGGUUGUAAAGCAGAAUGUUUGGCAACACUGCCACCUAGUGAAAGCUAAGCUUCAGAGUGACAGUAUAAAUACAUACUAUAUAAAGUAAAUCAGCUGGAUUAACAAUGAUUUUGUCAGUAACUUCUAACUCUGAUGGUCUCAACAUUGAAAGAAUGCAGAUUAUCACCCAUCCUGGCUCCCAACCACUGCAACUAUCACCACCCCCCCCCCCCACACACACACAUACGCUGAAGCAGGGCCUAUCUACCCUUUUUGUUGUGUUCUAGAAUGUUACAAAAUGAAGAUGCUUAACUUUUAAGUAACCGUAGAUAGGCUAAGGAAAAACCGUACUACUUUGGCCUCAAAAUACACCGUUAGAAUUGAAUAUGCCAUUCAUUAUUGACACAAGACUAGAAAAGAAUUGAGUAUAAUAUAAAGAAAAACUUUCAAAUAUGAGAAAUGGUUAGAUUACUAUAUUUGUUAUAUACAUUAUCUGAUUAGCCAUUCACGAAGAGAAAUAUUGAUUCUUACCUUAUAACUUUCAUUAAAAUAUAUUUUAGGUGAAGUUAAAAUUCAUAUGUAAGGGUACAUAAAUAAUCAUGUAAGAGGACUAGCAGGCAAUAAAAACAUAUAUCAUUUUAUUUUGGAAAAAUAAAGACUUUGUGAGCAUAAUACCAAAGGAGAAGAAUAACAUAAAGAAAAGAAAUGUUGAUUAGACCAGUUAAAUUCAAAAGUUUUACACAAAAAUAACUUAAGAAAAAGUAGUAUUUGUCACAUUUGUCUAGACAAAAAGUCUAGAUCUCUAAUAUAUAAUUGCUUGUUUAAUUCUUAAUCCCAUGAAAUGAGAAGUCCAAAAAAUAGUAACUACUUUUGUUAAAUGUUAUUUUCUCAGUUCGUAACAGAUUUAAAUACAAAGUAAAUAUAUAUUGAAAACCUAUUUAUUGAUUCAAUAACUAGUGAAUGAUUGACAAAAAUGAUAGCUUGUGACUCAAAAAGAAAUCCAACUUUCUCAUAGAAAAAUUGUCUACAGACAAAAAGUAUCAAUGCAUUAUCACCUAAAAUAAUUUGGCGAUAAUAAAUAAGAGAGUAUUUGAAUAUACUAGUAACCAAGAUGCAAAUUCACACAAUACACUUCUUUUUUAUAUCCCAGAAGAGCAGAGGGUAUUAACAAAUCAAAGUUCCUCAGGCAAAAAAUGCAUAGGAAAAUAAAGUCAGUAGACGUGUAAGUUAAUUCAAUCUUUAUAAAAAAUAUUUUGGCACUAUGUCUUCCUUCAUGUCCAAUUAGGCAAAUUAUCCUUUAAAAGGUUCCAAAAAGUGAGCUAAAAAGCAGUAAUCCAUUACUUAAAAAAGUAUACAAGAAAGGAUGUUUUGUAAAUAAAUUUAUAUUAUAUGGUUAAAUGUGAUAUAAUCUUUUAAUGGAAUACUGUGCAUCAAUACAUGUGUAUUUAUUUACGUGUGCAAGAUAUAUUAUUAGGUGGAGAAAAACAAGUUUUAGAAAGUAUCUAGAAUCUGAUCCCCUUUAUAAAAACACACCUACACGUACAUAUAUAUGCAUUAACAAGUCUAAGAUAUAUUUGCCAAAAGUAUAACAGCAUUUAUCUCUGGGAGGUGAGAUUUGGAGCCAUUAUAUUUUUGUUGUGCAUAUCUGUAAUUUCUGAUUUUUCCACAAUAAGCAUGUUGUAUCUGUAUAAUUUUUUCAGGGAAUAGACACUGAUGUUCACAAUAUAUAUUAAAUGAAAAUAUGUUACAAAACAGUAUAUAUAGUAUGACACAAAAUUUGUAAAAAAAAACUAUAUAUAAAUAUAUCUAUGUAUGUAUAUAUGCAUAAGAAAGCUAGAAAGACAUACACUACCAUGUUAAUAGCACUUAUCUAUGGGUAGUGGGAUUAUGGGUGAUUAUUUUUCUUUUUGCUUUUCUGUGUUUUCUAAUUUUUCUACCACAAACAUGUAUUACUUGUGUAAUAAAAACUAAUAAUAAAAGUUUUAAAAAUAUGUA